AUGGGUACGGAGAGGAAGAGAAAGGUGAGUUUGUUCGACGUGGUAGACGAGACGUCGGUUUCUGCAAAGAUCGUGAAAUCGAACGGAGCGAUGAUCAGCAAUAACAACGGAGGAAGCAGUUCGAUAAAUCGGUGGAAUGGGAAGCCCUACUCUCAGAGAUACUAUGAUAUAUUAGAGAAGAGGAAGAAUUUGCCUGUUUGGCAUCAAAAAGAGGAGUUUUUACAGGUUUUGAAGAAAAAUCAGGCUAUCGUCCUUGUUGGUGAGACGGGCAGUGGUAAAACUACUCAGAUUCCUCAGUUUGUUUUGGAAGCUAUAGAAUUAGAAUCUCCUGAUAAACGUCGGAAGAUGAUGAUUGGAUGUACCCAACCUCGAAGGGUGGCUGCAAUGUCUGUUUCUCGGCGUGUUGCUGAGGAGAUGGAUGUUACCAUAGGUGAAGAGGUUGGUUAUAGCAUCCGUUUUGAAGACUGUAGCAGUGCAAAAACGGUUUUGAAGUGA